GUCGAUAUACCUGAUUCUAACACAGUCGUUAAUAUUUUGAGUCCAAGCCUCAAACCAACGUCGACGCCAUGGCAAAGUCCAAAAACCACACCAACCACAACCAGAACCGCAAGGCGCACCGCAAUGGUAUCAGGAGGCCACAAACUAACCGGUCUCGGUCGCUGAGAGGGGUUGACCCCAAGUUCCGCAAGAACUCGCUUCACGCUCUUAAUGGAUCGCGGAAAGCACGGGCUGAGCAAAAAGCUGCAUCAUGAUUCAGUUGCGAGCGAGUUUCCAGUACGCUUUCAUCUCUGAUAUCCAGAGACAUGCCACACACAUGGCACGUCGUGUAUUACCUGCCAUGACUAUUACAUAUGGCUUAGGUUAUCGAAAUCAUAUCGCAUACAUCGCAAUGAUCGCAUUGUGAGUUAUGUACUGUCUGUGAACUUCGGCUACCGUAUAUCGUCAAUUCGCCUGGACUCUGGAGGCUUCGCCAUUCCGAUCAAGAGUUGCUCACAACAUCGCAGCCUGUGAGAUGAAGGAGUACACACGUCGAUGCAUGUUCAGGAAGUCCUUAAGUUGUUAUGCCUCUGCCUGCCAAAUUUGAGCGCUUAGAGUUGUAUUUAUGGCUGUUUUUGCCAUAUGUAAUGCGAUGA